GCAAAGAAGAUGUCUAAGAUCCACACCAAAGCUUUGGAUGGAAAACAUCCAGUUCACAAGAACCCGAAUAAAGGGAGGUAUGGCCCAUGUCAUGGACCUGGCUACGCUUCGCCCUUGGAUGCCAUGAAAGGCCCCAGAGAAAAGCUGAUGUACGUACUGUGUACUUUAACCGGAACCAAGUCCCGGGAACCUGACUACUUGGCCACAGUGGACGUGGAUCCGGAAUCGCCAUGUUACAGCCAGGUCAUCCACCGUCUGCACAUGCCUUACCUGGAUGAUGAACUCCAGCGCUCGGGCUGGAACGCCCCCGUCAGCACUUUUGGGGACACUUGCGUUGAGCGCAACUGCCUCGUCCUCCCAUGCCUGAGCUCCGGCCGUGUUUACGUGGUGGACACGGGCUCCGACCUGUGCGCUCCCAGCUUGUGCAAAGUAUGUCACGGAUUCACACAGGGAAAAAAUUCAGAAUGUAUCUACACUGUAAAAUGUAUACAGUUUAUCACCACUUUAUGUGUUAUAGCUAAAUGCUAUGGAGUCCUGGGAGGUGGAUUUCUCGUUCUGGACCCGGAAACCUGGGAAGUGAAAGGGACCUGGGAGUGUCCGGAAGAUGGACCCAUCCAGAUGUUUGACUUCUGGUACCAGCCACGGCACAAUGUCCUGAUCAGCUCCGAAGUGGGAGAGCCCAAGUUCUUUGUCAAUGGGUUCAACACGAACAAUCUGAGAAAAGGGCGCUAUGGUAGUCACCUCAACGUCUGGGACUUGAGCACCCACCGCCUCCUUCAGUCAAUCAAUGUGGGUGAAGAUUCAGCUCCGAUGGAGAUCCGCUUCUUGCACAACCCCAACUCGACCCACGGUUAUGUGGUCUGCCCUCUAGAGAGCUCCAUCCACCAUUUCUUCAAGACAGAGGAUGGAUGCUGGGCAGCUGAGAAAGUGAUCCAAAUCCCAAACAAGAAAGUAUCAGGAUGGAUCUACCCUGAAAUGCCAGGGUUCACUUACGGUAUCAUCAUCUCCCUGGAUGACCAGUUCCUCUACUGCAGCAACUGGCUGCAUGGUGAUGUCCGCCAGUACGAUAUCACAGACCCGCACUGUCCCAAACUAGUCGGGCAGGUGUUUCUUGGGGGCAGCCUUGUGAAAGCAGGUCCUGUAACUGUCCUUGAGGAUCCAGAGCUGGACUGCCAACCUGAUCCCUUUGUGAUCCAGGGCAAGAAGGUCCAAGGAGGGCCUCAAAAACUUCAGCUGAGCUUGGACGGCCGCCGUCUCUAUGUCACUAACUCUCUUUACACGCCUUGGGACAAGCAGUUUUAUCCCAAGUUGGUCAAGGAAGGCUCCACAAUGGUCCAGCUGGACGUGGACACCAAGAAGGGCGGCCUUCGUGUGAACCCGGAAUUUAUGGUGGAUUUCGGGCAUGAACCAUGCGGUCCGGCUCGGGCGAAAGAGAUGCGCUACCCCGGUGGGGAUUGCUCCUCCGACAUCUGGGAGUAGCGUGCAUCCAUUCCAAGUUAUCUUCAUAUCGGAAGGAGAAUCAGUUACGAAUUGGGAUUCAUCCAAUACUUUUUUGUCCAAUGCUUGCUGUUGUGACUCCUUGUUGUAAAUGUCAACAUGAGACAUACAAUAGUUGUUCUAGCAUAUAUCGACUAUUUUCUCUGGGUGUCCUUGGGACUGCUUGCUGUCUGCUUACUCCCUUCUCCAGCUCUGAAAGGCCCUAAUUCACGUCAUGGCAACCUCCUUUUUCCAUUUUUAUUUUCUGCUCCCAUCCUCCUCUUUUCCUUCACUUCUUUUUCUCAUGCUUACCUUCCAAGUCAUCUUCAACAUCUUGGUGUGCAAGGCCUUUUAUAAGGAGAUUCUCUCCUGAGGAGCAUUUCUCAACCUGGGGGUUGGGACCCAGGGGGGGGGGUCGCGAUGGGUUUUCAGAGAAGUUGCCAAAGACCAUUAAAAAACACAGUAUUUUCUGUUGGUCAUGGGGAUUCUGUGUGGGAACUUUGGCCCAAUUCUAUGGUUGGUGGGGUUCAGAAUGGUCUUUGGUUGUAGGUGACCUAUAAAUCCCACCAACUACAACUCCCAAAUGUCAAGAUCUAUUUUCCCCAAAUGCCACCAUAUGUCCAAAUUUGAACAUAUUGAGUAUUCGUGCCAAGUUUGGUCCAGAUCCAUCAUUGUUGGAGUUCACAGUGCUCCCUGGUUGUAGGUGAACUACAACUCCAAAACUCAAGGUCGAUGCCCACCAGAACCUUCCAGUAUUUUCUGUUGGUUUUGGGAGUUCUGUGUGCCAUGUUUGGUUCAAUUCUACCAUUGAUGGAGUUCAGAAUCCUCUUUGAUUAUAGGUGAACUACAAAUCCAAGGAACUACAACUCCCAAAUGACAAAAUGAACCCCACCAGUAUUCAAAUUUGGGCGUAUCAGGUAUUUGUGCCCAAUUUGAUCCAGUGAAUGAAAAUACAUCCUGCAUAUCAGAUAGUUAUAUUAUGAUUCAUAACACUAGCAAAAUUACAGUUGUAAAGUAGCAACGAAAAUAAUUUUAUGAUUGUGGGGUCACCACAACAAGAGGAAUUGUAUUAAGGGGUCAUGACAUUAGGAAAUUUGAGAAACAUUGCUCUAGAGGUUCUCAGUUCUAGCCACGAAUAUUACAAAUAGGCUAAUCCUGUCAACAAAUAAAGUUGUUUGAAUGAUAAUAAGACGUUUCUUUGAAAGCUGGGAGACCUAACACUUGGAAAGCCUCAGUGUUUUUAACUAAAGUUGGCUGAAUAGAAUAAAAAUAAUGCAUACUACCAUGCCUCAAAGGGAAUGGGGUUUAUCACCGAGGUGGGGUUUGUUGGAACAUGCAAAGAAUCAGUUAAUGUGUGUGUGUCAACUGUAAAAUAAGAUGCAUGAAUCCAGUUGGUUGGGUAAUACCCAGGGAGAUGGCUGAGCCUGGGACUUUUGGAUACUGUUACAUUUUUGUUCAGGCUUGAGCUAUGCACGUGCAGAGAGAGAAAAAAAGAGAAGCUAAGAGAGACAGAGUUUGGGGUGUCCUUUGGCUUCAUGAGCUGCUGAAGGAGUUUACCCACAUGGACAAAGAAAGACCAUUUUAAAUCUCUCAUAAAAGGGCAUUAUGUGAAUUCAUGCAACUGAGCAUAUUGUACAUAUGUUGUUCUGAACUAUGAAGAGUAAACUUCUUUAUUGUUCACCUGCGUGGUAUAUUUUCUUUAUCUUGCAAGAUAGAUCAAACAUGAAUAUAUCACCUGCGUGGAUAUUUUCUUUAGCUGGCAAGGCAGAUCCAAUGUGAAUAUAUCACCUGCGUGGUAUAUUUUCUUUAUCUGGCAAGGCAGAACAAAUGUGUUUGUUUUACAUUACACCACAACUGUUGUGGCUCAGCUUGAUUCUGAGCCUGAAACUGAACCCUCUUGCGAGCCUGAAACGUUCCCUGAUGAAGAGGAUGAUGGGAUUCAGAUUUCUGGGCCUGUUCCUAUGCCUGUUUCUGUGCCUCUUUCAGACAGUGCACUUUCAGACAGUGCACCAGGGGAGUCAACAAGUCAGUUCUCAUGGGAAAAGAAUGCCAGCAAACUAGAUAACGACCAGGUGCAGAGGCCUUCACUUGCUCAGCCUUCUCACGCUGAUACUGAUAGAGAAGAGAGCCUUGAUAGUGAUUUAAUGAGCAGGCAGGAAUGUUUAGAUUGGUGGGUCAAGAGGAGUUCACGGUUAGCCAGCAAGAAAGAAGUCAGGUCAGUGAAAGGUCACCGUAAUGCUUUCAUGUUGGCAAAAGCGCAAUGUUUUCAUGUUGGUAAAAGGUAUUUAGGCUUCUGGUUAACAAAGGGCAAGUGUCAGUUCAACGUGGCUUUUUGCAUGAAAGCUUCUAUGGAAUAACCUUGGCUUUAAAGCAGCACACUUUGAGCUUCCUGAAUUGGGAUUCUUGUGUUUCACUGUUUUUACCAUGGACUCUUGUUUGACCAUUCCUUAAAGGAUUAUGUUUUAUGUUUUUACCUGAGGAUCUUUGGAACUGUGUUUUGCAUUUAACCUUUGUCUUUGGAACUAUGCAUUGCUUAUUCUAUGCUUUGACUUUGAUUUUUCCUCAAUAAACUAAAAAA